AUGACUACCGCACAUAGACCCACGUUCGACCCUGCAAAGGGAAAAGAGGCACAGAGAGGACCGGCAUAUCAUCAACGGCUGCUACCGGCUCAUACACAGCUGAAAGUUCGUAAACCCGGUCAAGGGGGAGAUGCAGAUCACCAAGUUCGCGACCUUCGAGCAGAAUUACUCCAAGCUGAGGCAGCACAUUUCGCAAAGAUUAAGGGAGGACCUGUUCCGGUGGAGCCAGAACCUGCGACGAAUACGUCCAAGAGACAACUUGAGAAUGGUGAUGGAGAGGAGGAAGAAGAUCUGGAGGCUAAACGGAGGCGGAUUUUAGAGGAGACAAGAGAUAUCGAUGCCGAUUCAGAUGAUGCUGGCGAAGAUGAUAGUAGUGAGGAGGAUAGGUUCGUUUCCCGGAAAGCUGUGUUGGGAUUAGGUGCUGAUCUUUCGACAGAAAGAGAGAGGACCGCGGCAGAAGAGGCUGAGCGGGAACAUGACAUUGCUCUUGGCAAUCCCUUGCUGAACUCAAAAGCCGACUUCAAUGUCAAGCGCAGAUGGGAUGAUGAUGUGAUCUUCAAGAAUCAAGCUCGCGGUACAGAUGAUAAAGGCAAAAAGAAGGAAUUUGUCAAUGAUCUGCUUCGAUCUGAUUUUCACAAACGCUUCAUGAGCAAAUAUGUGAGAUGACGAGCGAGCUUUUUAGCUUCUUGAUAGCUCGUUGUCAGACGAACAUAUGGAGAAGAGCUUCUUGGGGGCCCGCGAACGGUGACUCAGCUCGACAGUGCUCGGCUUGUUUGAUUUGGGAAGGAGAAUAUGGGUCAACAGCGGAGCAAUACAGGUGGCUUGCAUCGAGUCAAUUUUGAUACUGGAUCAGCUGAACGAGCAGAAAUACAGUUUCCACUGCCACACCGAGUUGUGGGCGUCUCCGCGCAUGU